AUGCCCGUAGCUCAAGCAGAACUGAGGCAUCGCGCUAGUACACCUUCUUUCAACAACCGUCAGCCGUCUCCCAAUGGUAUCCCGCAAAUACCUCGCCCUCGAGUAACAUCAGAAGUCACGGCCAAGAUUUGUCUCUGCGACGAUCGGGUUCCAUACCCUCAUACUUACUUUCGCGAAGCGUCCAUCAGCAACCUGAGUAUCCGGGGAGUUCGCUCCUUCGAUAACCAGGACAAGAUGAGCCUCAAGUUCCAGACCCCUCUCACUCUUAUCGUCGGUAUUAACGGAUCGGGCAAGACGACUAUCAUUGAGUGCCUGAAGUACGCGACCACCGGCGAGUUGCCCCCGAACACCAAGAACGGCGCCUUUGUCCACGAUCCGAAGUUGAUCGGAGAGAAGGAGGUACUGGCCCAGGUCAAGCUGGGCUUCCGGAACGGUGUCCAGUCCGAAUAUGUUGUUAGCCGAAGCAUGUCUCUCACGGUCCAGAAAACGACUCAAAAGUUCAAGACGCUCGAGUCCAAUCUCAUGAUGAAGUCCAAGCGGAGCGGCGAACGCAUCUCGAUAUCCUCGACCGUAGCAGACUGCAACGCGAUCGUCCCACAGCAGCUUGGGGUUUCGUCUGCCAUUCUUGAGAAUGUCAUAUUCUGCCACCAAGAUGAAUCCCUCUGGCCCAUGCUAGAGCCCUCGAAACUAAAGUUGAAGUUCGACGAGAUCUUUGAAGCCCAAAAAUAUACGAAAGCCAUCGAGAACAUCAUCAAGGUCAAGAAAGGACAUCAGGAGAACCUUGGGAAGCUCAAGAUCCAUGAGAGCAACUUCAAAGAGCUGAAGGAUAUGUCUGUGAAGAUCGAGCAUAAGAUGCACAGACUGCAGGAGGAGAUCGAUGCUUUGACAGAGAAGAGAUCUGCCCUAGAUCGGGAAAUUGCCGAUGCCGAGAAAGUCUCACGGGAGAAGCGAGGUCUUUUGGAGACUGCCCAGGGGGUCAAGUACAGUCUGGCUCAGAAGCGAGGACAAGCCGAGAAUUAUGAGUAUACCUUGGAAAGCUUGUCGGACAACUUGACUGAACUCCAAGAAAGCGAUGAAUGGCUUAGAGAUACUCUUGGCCAAUAUGAGCAACGAAUGGCGGACUAUCAAACAUCAAGAGUAGAGCUCAUGGAGAAGCACAACCACCUGGGAAGAGAUGUGAAGAAGAAUCGCGAGCAGAUAUCUGCAAAGGAAAUCGAACAGGGUCAACGCCAGUCACAACAAGAGACUUACGAGCGCCAGCUGAUACAGCGUGUAAACUACAUUCAAGAAGCUGCUCAAGAGCACUCGAUACGUGGCUACGACGGCGACCUCGGAGAGGAUGCUAUUCGACAAUUCGUAGGGAAGCUCCACAAGCUGUCGAAAGACAAGGACCGCGAGCUGGCUGGUGCUCGAAAGACCACAAGUGAAGAGCUGAAGCAGACGCAAGGCGUACUGUCACAGCUCGAGAAUCGUCAGGCCACCCUAAAGCAGGAGAAGGUUCAUGCUGGGCAGGCAAUUACUGACAAUGAAAGAAGGAUUCGCCUCAAGCAAUCAGAGAUGAAUUCCAUUAGCAUAGACGAAGGCGCAAAAGCUGUACUGGAAUCGAAGAUCAACGAAUUGCAAGAGAUGCUCGACAAGGCCACUUCUAAGGCCGAGGCUGCUGGGUGGGAUCAAAAGUUGAAGGCCGAGAAGAGUCGCCUGCAGCAGCUGGAGGAGCAGCUGGAGAAGCUGAACGAUGAGCUUUUUCAAAGCAACAAGCUUGCAAAGGACCGAGCCGCACUUGAUUACGCGAAACAGCAGGCCAAGGAAUCUCGAUCAUCCCUGAACGCGAUGAUCUCUACAUACAAGGACCAGCUCACAGAGGCUAUCGGAAACUGGACUCCCCAGAAUCUAGCAACUGAAUAUGAAUCCGUUCUGCAGCAACGUAAGAGCGCGGUGGACGAUGCCAAGGCUAACCAGGACAAUGCGAUACAGCGUCUGAAUGAGAUUGGAUUUGAACUCAAGACAGCUCGAUCUUCGCUUGCCAAGAAGAACAACGAGUUGCAAAAGAACCAAGCAAAGCUCUUUACUUCCAUCCUCGAGGUUGAGGGUGAAGAUCCAGUGGAAAUCACGACGCUUGAUCAGUACUUGCAAGAGUACCAAGAGUUGGAAGCAGACCUUGCCAAAUGCAGAAGCUUAAGCACUGGUGCGGGCUCUCUCAAACAAAUGUACGACAAGUUCAUUGAAACAAUCGAUCAGAAAAACUGUUGCCGACUUUGCGAGAGAGAAUUCGCCAACCAGACGCAGCGAGCCCAUGCGUCCACUAAGCUAAAGAAGAUGAUCGCUGAUCUAGACAAGGAAGUACUUAAGGAGGAACUGGAGGCAAACGAGAAAGCUUUCAAAGUUGCCGAACCUGCCCGCCCUUUAUACGAUGUGUGCAAGAAAUUGCAGGAUAUCGAGAUCCCAGCCCUCAAUAAUGACAUCAAGAGACUCGAAGGCGAAAAGGCGACCCGAGUGGCAACCUGCGAGCGUCAUGAUAGGCUUGUCUAUGAUGAAGAAUCUGCCAAGAGAGACAUGGAGGGUUUCGCGAAAGCCGUCUCUGAUAUCACCAAGUACAACAAUGAGAUCUUCAAGCAUGAGAACGAAAUUACAAAGCUCUCAUCCCAAGACAUGCUAUCUGGUAGUUCAUUGACCAUCGACGAUCUUGGUGAGCAGAUUGCAGCAUGCAAUGAAAAGAUCAGGGCUCUCAAGCCGAAGAUUGAGAAACUGGUCAAUGACAAGGAGAACUCGAGAAACGAAAUCAUUGAUCUUGAAAGGCGAUUAGGAGCUGCCACUACCGAGCUUGAUAGAGCACAGAAUGCGUUGGAGAAAAAGCAAGAUAUCAUAUCGGCGAUCGACGAGUUCAGAGAAUACAUCAAUCAGCAGAAGGCCACGGUCAGCAAGGCUGAUGCGGAGCUCGAGUCCUUAGAGCCUGACUUUGCCAAGGCCCGCCGUCAACAUGAGGAUGUCAAGCUACGCGGAGACACGAAGGCCAAUGAGAUACAGGCUGCGAAGGACAAGGUCGCCUCGACUGUCAACAAAUUCAAGAUUGUCGAAGACGAGAUCAAUGGGUACAUUGAGAACGGCGGACCGGACAAGCUCAAGGCUUGUACGAGAGAAAUCAAGCGCCUCAAGGACGAACAGGAAACUAUCGAGAAGGAGAUUGCGGCUAUCGUCCAAGAGAUCAAUAAGCUAAAAGACCGUAUCGCUGACAGCGACAAGACCAAGAAGGAUAUCCAAGACAACAUCCGCUACAGAAAGGCUCGUCGCGAGCUUGAAGCCGUUCGAACAGAGAUUGCUGAGCUCGAAACUCACAACGCCGAUGAGGAAUAUGAGAUGUACCUCCGUGAAUACAACAGAUCCGAGAAGCGCCGCGAGCUCAAGACUGCCGAGAGAGGUCCGAUCACGGGAACUAUCACGGCCAAAGACGAAGACCUUGGCAAGACCAUGGAAGAUUAUGAGACGGACUACAAGAGUGCGGCCGAAGAUUACCGCAAGGCUCACAUUGAGGUCGAAACCACCAAGGCCGCUAUUGACGACAUGGUGAAGUGUACAAAGGCACUGGACAGUGCCAUCUUGCAGUUCCAUAGCGUCAAGAUGGAGGAAAUCAAUUCCAUUGCGGGUGAACUGUGGCGUGCCACCUAUCAGGGCACCGAUGUUGAUACGAUCAUGGUUCGAUCGGACAACGAGAAUGUUUCCACGACGACGACGAGAAGAAAUUUCAACUACCGUGUCGUGAUGGUCAAGCAGGAUGCUGAGAUGGAUAUGCGUGGUCGAUGCAGUGCUGGUCAGAAGGUCUUGGCUUGUAUCAUCAUUCGUCUUGCUCUUGCUGAGUGUUUUGGAGUCAAUUGCGGAGUCAUAGCCCUCGACGAGCCUACAACGAACCUCGAUGAAGACAAUAUAAGGGCACUGGCCGGCUCGCUCCACAAGAUUAUCGAGCAACGUCGCCACCAACCCAACUUUCAGCUCAUCAUCAUCACCCAUGACGAGGAGUUCCUGAAGGAGAUGAAGUGCAACGAUUUCACCGACAGCUACUACCGCGUUUCGCGUAACGCUGCGCAGAAGAGUGUCAUUGAGGUGCAGAGUCUGGCCGACAUGAUGGAGUAG